GGGAGCAAAAGGUGCUGAUAGUGACGUGAGCCAGACAUUUUGAGUGGGAUUUGUGUUGUGUGUAUGUGUUGUGUUGGUGUGCCCGUGAGCAAAAAAAAAACUGCGAUAACACCUGGAAGGAUGUGAAAAGAAUGACCUGGUGGAAAUUCUCCUGCAAACGGCAGUUUAGGUUUUAUAGAUUACCGACUUUCUCAGUUUGCGUAUAUCUUGUGCACUAUUUCUCAAGUACAUACAAGGGUUGAGCAACUCGGUGUGUGUUUAUGUAUUCGAAGCAACACGGUCCUUUAAAAGAACGCAAGCAUAUCAAAGUCUAAUUCCCCCACCCACCACAUCACAACCACGGCCGAACCACACAUUUUUGAGGCACAGGAGGAGAACCUCCACAAACUCUCCCGACAUUCGGAUGAAGACGAUGCGAGAACCCUUACUGGGCACCUUCUCGAUGACAUGCAGAAAGAGCACGAUUCUUCGGACGAAAACGACAUGCUUGACAGCGUUCCUCCACCUCCGACCCGACGACGGGGGAGUGUAUUGGAUGACGCUAUUAUGAGAGAUAUGUUGGGUAAGCGGGCGGCGCCGGCUGAGGGGCAAGAGGACAGAGAGGAACGGGAGAGAAUGGAGAGGAUGUAUGUCAUGUUGAGGUGGUCCAAACGGUAUCGAGCAGCGCUUGUACGAGACGCCAACGCCAGCUUCGCCGCCGACGUUGAAGCCGCUUCCUCCCCAUCCGAAGCGUCGACAUCAUUUACCCAACUCUCAACCCCAUCGACAUCAUCCACAAUGUCGAAUCUCGAUAUGACAGCCAGGCGAUCAUCCAUGAGCACUGGUUCAUUUGGUGCCGGGCGAAUGUUCGCCAAGGAUGAACUGGAUGCUGCCCUCGCGGGCCUGGAACUGGAUUCUGCUGCGGCGAGUUCCCAUUUGGACGUGUCGAGUGCAGAAGCCUCAAGACGAGGAUCAGACUCUUACGAGGAGCCAACCGAGGUGGUAUGUCGUCCUUUGACGGCAACAACUGGAGUUUUGACGCGGAAAAGACCUAGUACAGAUCGACCAAAGCGUCGUGUUCAAUUCGCUGAAGAAGUGAAACUGAUACCCCCAGAGGAAUUGAUAGAUGAUGAGGGCGGCGAUGCAGAUAAUGAAUUGAGCGGGGAUGAAAGUGGAGAAAUAGAGGAGAAUGAAUCAAAUCAAUCCAUUACUCCAAUGGAAACCUCGGACGCUAAUAUCAUCACUGCCACAAGCAAUAAGAACAGCACCAGCAGCGAUGAAGAUGAAGAAGAAGGAGAAGAAGCACAAAAAAUUGAUGUUAAAUCGAAAUCUCCGGCGGUGAAGAAGCUCACCAAAGCUUUCAAACGAGCCUUCUUGGGUGCCAAACCGCAAGUACGAGUGGUUCACGCCGCUUAAGUGGACAUAUUUUGGCUCUAGCAGGUUAUCGCCUUGGAUCUUUUCAAUAUCUUUUGGUGGUGGGCGUUACGUUGGCUCUUCUUGAAUAGUAUAGCAGACUAUCUUGCAGGCCUUUUUAACGAAAUGUAUAUAGUUCUGUUAUUCGGGUUUCUGUUAUUUGGGUGGGGACACUCCUUUGUCGGGUUUGGCUUUUUUUGGGAUGCACUUGGACUUUCGAAUUUCACAAAACAAAUACGAUUUUCCAUUCUUUGAUGCUGUCAGAGGU